AUGACUAUUCAACUACCAACCUGGGCCCGACGUCUUUUCUCUUCCUCUGGGCCAUUUUCCUUGGAUAUACUCGGCAGCAAGAGAGGAAAUUACCGGCACACGAGCAAAUACGGCUCCCGGAUAUCCGCCAACAAGGUACAUGGGAGGCACACAAACAACGAUAUACCUCCUAAGAGCACCCGAUCCUCGAUGUGGAACUCGGCGUGGCUUUCCUGGUAUAUAUUGGGCGGGGUAUCUGCUAUUUUUGCUCUAUCCGUUGGAGCGUUGAUCUCGCUUUGGCACUACAAUGUACGAGAAGAUGGGUUCAAGCUGAUUACCACAAAUCAUUAUUCAUGGACUUAUGGCCCCACAGCCAUUCUUGUAGUCUUCGUUGCUAUCUGGCGACAAGUGGAUCAAUCUUGCAAACUCCUUACGCCAUGGCAAGUGCUACAGAGGGGGGAUGCUCCAUCGAAUACAACCAUAUUACUGGACUAUAUAUCGCCUCUACAGAUUGUCAGCUUCUGGACGUCCUUGAAAAAUCGUCACUGGAUUAUAUGUUUGACAAUACUGGCAUUCUUUAUCCUAAAACUUAUCACACUUGUAUCCACCGGCCUAUUUUUCACAGACCUGCGGACCGCUCUCACUACCCACGCAAACAUUUCCACUAGCACCAGUUUUGAUGGAUCAUUAUACAACGCCUCUGCCUACCUGGGCGUUACUGAUUCAUCGUUAUUCUAUACAGCGUACGCAGUGAUGGCUAAGGGUUUACCUGACGCUGAAGGAACCCAAGGCCGUUUUGCUUAUCAGUCUCUCUCCUUGACAGACAAUGUCCCUGGCACGAACGCAACCAUUAACACGGUUGUGGACGUCUUUGUGCCUUCAUUCAAUUGUGAAAAGGCGGAGGUUACCAUAAACCUCCAGCCAGCUAAUACCACUGAUCAACAUCCAGACGAUACAAUAAAUCUACUCUCCCCGCCUUGCAAGCUUCUAGCCGGAGCGAUGCCCAUAUACGCACUCAACCCUCAACUGUACAAGUGUCCCAGUCGACAGCUGAGCGGCUUGAUGCAAAGAGUCGACUGUUCUGGCCAGAACACAUCCACUCCGGUUGGCAACUGGCAGCUUCUGACCAUAACGGAUAUGAGAUACUCGCAGACUCCCGUUGCAAACAAUUCUGGUGAAGCAGAUGUUUCUGACUUCGAGUUUUCAACUUGGUCAACCGAAGUUGCACAGGUCAGCAGCAUCGUGUGCAGACCUAGCUACACUAUCCAGAAACGACCUAUCUCGUACGACUUUACCCAGACCCUCACAAAUAUCACUCUGGGAGCUGAAAUAGUGUCAUCAAAUCGCUCGUUGGAACAAUUCAAAGAUGAGGACCUCGGUGUGAUGUUCACAUCAGCAUACUCGGCGGCAGCACUAAUGUUUGGCAACAAGGCGGAUAGUGAAACUGCAGAGGAAUACCCGGAUACUAUGUUCAGGACCAUGGCUGAGAUCAGCGGCGGCAGUUACGAAAACUUACUUGAUGCGAAUGUGAUGAUGGAGGCCGCAGAAAAAGUGUUCGAUCAUGUUGCGGUUCAAAUUGCUGUAAAAAAUCUCCUACGUCAACAAACAACUCCGCUGGCGGGUGACAUAAAUACAAUGGAGGAAAGACUUUACGUUCGAGCGCUUGCUCUUUGGAUCAUGGUCGCUGGUUUCGCUCUCCUCCCCGUGAUAUCCGUCUUGGUCUUUAUAUAUCGACCGAGGAAUGUCGUGGCUCAUGACCCAGAGCUUAUUAGCAGCAUGGUUACCCUUCUCGCAGAAAGUCCGGCUUUUGAAGAGGUUCUCUGCAGCAGGAGCUCUGUCGAGGAUCAAGACUUUGAUCGAACGCUCGACGAGUAUAAAUAUGUUUCAUUUGCAUCAGCUGAUUCAGACGGCCAACUAAGGUUUGCCAUCGAACUGAUCGGUGCAAAGAAGAGCAAGAACCCGACUAAGGCUGAGAACACUCAUUGGUGGAAACCGCUUCUCCUGAGACGUCCCGUCAUGAUAAUCAUUUUAGCUUUGCCACCAGCUCUCAUCACCGUCCUCGAAAUCCUUCAGCAUUUGUCGAGGCGCACAUUGGGAAUAGCUCGCAUUCAAGAUCCGAGGAACUUUGUGACAGAAGCAUCAACGAGAUUUCUUCCUGCGCUGGCCAUGCUCUUGAUAUCAACAUCUUUCAACGCUUUGGACUUCAAUAUCGCUCUUCUUGCCCCUUAUCAUGCGCUGAAAUCCAGGAAAGGCUCCGAGAAGACCGGCAUCUUCGGCCCCAUCGUCGGCAAAAUACCCCCCGCUGCUUUGUGGGCAUCUUUCAAACAUGGACACAGGAGUGCGAUUAUGUCAACUAGCGGUGCUCUCCUCGGCAGCCUUCUCACCAUUAUUGUUUCCGGUCUUCUCGUGAUUGAUACAGUCACGAUAACCGCUCCAGCGGAGCUCCAAGUCCUCGACACGUUUCAGCCGGACUGGACCAAUUCCGUGACGAACGAUAGUUCCGCUGCCGUUGUUGCGAGCCUUAUUGAAGCCGCCAAUUUGACCUAUCCUUCUUCCACAUAUGGAGAUUUGGCCUUUCCUCUAUUAAAGGCUGAUAGGAACACCUCCGAGUUCCUCUCUAGUGAUACCAGACUAGAAAUCCAGAUGCCGGCAUAUCGAGGAUCUUUAGUUUGCGGUAUACUUCGAAACGAUCAGUUUAAUGUUUCUGGAUCGUAUAAUUCGCGGAUUCUUUCAUCCGGAGCCAGUAUUGAGGCCUCGUUUCCAUUACCAGCUCAAUGUCCGUUUGGAGGACCAGGAGGCAAUCUCUCAACCCUCGAUUACGAAUAUUUCUUCCAGCUACCCAGUAAUACCAAUCAGAGCUUCAUUGGCAAAAUGCUCGAUCUGCAUGUUGGGCCAUACUCCGGGCCAUUUGCAGCGAGCUCUGACGAGCUUUCUCCAUAUACUCAACCUAACAACCCAGCAGGCUGUCCAACUCUUGCCUUCAUAUACGGAUAUAUCGAUGUGCAGAACAUGUCGAACUCGGUUGUCUCAACAAUGGCAUGCUCUCAAGUCAUUGAGAAGCUCGACGCCCAAGUGACGCUCAAUGCCAAAGACUUUAGCAUCUUCGCUUUAAGCCCACCAGCCAUCAAUGAAUCUUCGUCUAUGCUGCUGCCGAGUGGACCGGACAAUCAAACUUCGAGUGGCCGCACGACUCCAACUGCUUUCCCCUAUCGACUGCAGGUUCAUAUGGACCAGUCUCUCUCGCUAUUCAAUCAGACUGAAUACUCCUCAAGCAGCCUGUCAAGCCAGCCACCCGUGGACAACUUCUUCCAGGCCGUGCUGUUCGGCCGUACCCCUGUCCCUCAAGAGCUCAUGCGCAAGUCUGAUGACGACAGCCAGAACCGGGUUAGACAGGGUAUUCAGAACUUCUACCGCCGAUACAUGGCGCAAGCCAUCUCCACGAAUAUGCGAGUACGCAUCCCUGAAUCAACGGUGUCGGCAUCAAACACCAAAAGAGCCAUAGAGCCCAUUCAGUCAACCCUGCCCGGAACACUCGUCAACAUUCCAACCUCGGUGCUUCGCCAAAAUAACACAUCGAAACUCAUACUACAGAUUUUCCUUGCAAUCAUGUUCAUCUGUGGCCUGAUUGCCGUGCUGCUCAAUCCGACGCAGGAAGUCGUGCCGUAUAAUCCAUGUACGAUUGCUGGAGCAGCGAGCUUAGUUGCGGGCAGCACACUAGUCAGGGAAGUGGCCGGGGCUGGCGGAGACGGUGAGAAAGACUCCAUCAUGCGCAACAACAUGAUACAGCUGGGCUGGUGGUCGGAUUACAAGUUCAGCGAGACGAGAUCAGGUGGCGAAGGCGUUAGGAGACGAAGAUAUGGAAUCGAUAUGGUCCACCAGCACGAGUGA